GUAUGAAGCACGUAACCGAUGGGCGGGGCUUGAGACUGGCAGCGCCGCAGGAUGACACGUUUUCCCUUUGAAAUCUGAAGUUAAUGCUAAUUUUGUUUAUUUGUAACUAAUCCGGAUUAUCAGAAUUAACUCGGUUUCUUAAAACGGUUCCGUGUUUAUUUCCGGUUUAAAAUAUCUAACUACUGCUGUAGCUGCGCUAGCUUAGUUAGCCUGAGAGCUAACUUUACCCCCAGGUCACUUCUGACGGAACGCGGUCAGAGACUCCAAUCUCCGGACUUCCCUUUUUGUUUGUUAUUAUUCCUGUCUGUUGUGGUUUUAGAUAACAGACAGUAACUCAUAAGCAGGUAGAAGUCGGUGUUAUGGCAGAGAGAAGUUCACACAGCGUGUACGACAUCUUCAAGUCCAUGGAGUUCGGACCUUCUGCUCCAAGUGCAGCUCUUACUGCAGCGUCAUGGCUGGAGCUGCACUCCGGUUCUCUCGGCCUGUUUAUAGACGGGAAGUUUGUGCUCCCGGACAACAGACAGACAGUCAUGGUCUCUGAUCCGAAAGGUGAGGAUUUGUGCAGAAUUGUGUGUGCUGAUGAUGAAGAUAUUUUCAGCUGCUCCUCUUCAGCUGCUGCAGGAUUUCAGGUGUGGAAAGAGCUGAGUGACAAUCGCAGAGCCAAAGUCCUGCUCAGGUUUGCGAGCUCACUGCAGAGGUACAGCCAGUGUGUGUGUGAAGUGUGUGAUCUGUGUCAGACUCCUGGCUCCGCCCCAGCGCUCAUCAGACUGGCACAGUAUUACGCUGGCUGGGCUCAACUCCGUCACACUCUCCUGCCCGGAUGGAGCCCACGAGGUGUGGUUGCAGUGAUGUCAGAUGAUAUUUUAUUCUACUCUUUGUGGCUGAAAGUCCUUCCAGCUCUUGCUGUAGGUAAUUCUGUCAUUGUCGUUCCGGGAGUAAAACUGGCUCCUCCCACCCUCCUAUUGGCCCAGCUGCUAAAAGAGGCGGGACUUCCUGCUGGUGUGCUGAACGUGGUGACGGGUAACAACUCGGUGAGAGUGAAAGUGGCUCAGAACCACCAGAUCAACCACAUCACCUACAGUGGAAGCAAACAGGAUGGAGAGCUGCUGGUCAAACAGAUAGCUGGGCAUGGCAUCCCUGUCUCUCUCUCCCUGUCUGUCUGCUCUGUGUGUCCAUUCAUUAUCUUUGAGACUGCAGAUGUGGACAGCGCUGUGGACGGACUGAUGGAUGCAGCUUUCAAAAACUAUAGCGAGUGGAGGUGGUUGGUGUGUGUGCAGGAGUCGGUGUAUGAUGCUGUGGUGGAGAAGCUAAAGUUCAGGAUGGUUGGAAUGAAGUGUGUGAGUGUGAGUGAUGAGUGUGAGAGGGGGCGAGUGGAUGCUGCAGUGCGUGAUGCGGAACAGCAGGGGGCGAUGUUGAUCCAGUCUUGUUCUCCACCUUCCUCUGGAUGUGUGUAUCCCCCCACUGUGGUAUGUAACACGGCUCCCUCCUCCUCCUUGGUGGUGUCUCCUCCGCUCGGCCCCGUUGUGCCCCUGCUGUCCUUCAGGAGCGCUGCAGAGGCUGUAGCUUUGGGAAACUGCAGACCUCAUGGUCGAGCUGCGUCCAUCUGGACUGAAGAUCUGACGCUGGCUUUGGAGACUGCAAAGAGUCUGUGUGUAGGUUCUGUGUGUGUGAACACUCCCUCGGUGACCGAUCCUUCACUCCCACAAUCUGGACGGAGAGAAAGUGGGACCUGCACUGACGGAGGUGGAGAGGGUCUGUAUCAGUUCCUGAGGGCAUCUGUGGCUCCAUCCCGCUCUGAACCCGUCUCUCUGGACUACACCGGUUUUGGUACUGCAGCAUCCCGGUUCCUGGUGCCGGAAGGUUCUGAUCCAUCCAGUGUCUCUCGCUCCUGCUCUCACCUGGUCAGGGGGAAGGUGUGUAAAGCUGAUUCAGGCUACAGUAGGGAAGUGCGGGCUCCAGGGGGGACGGUUGUGGCUCACUGUCCUGACGGUGGAAGGAAAGAUGUCCGUAACGCAGUGGAGGCUGCCCUGAAGGUCCAGCCGGGGUGGAUGAAGAAAAGCCCGGCCACUCGAGCUCUCGCCCUCUACUCCCUCGCUGACAGUCUGGAAAAAAGAAAGCAGGACAUGGCUACUUCAAUCCACAAGCAGACCGGUCUCUCUAUAGAGGAAGCAGCUCAGGAGGUGGAGCUUAGCAUCUCCCGGCUUUCUGAUUGGGCUGCACGGUGUGAUAAACAAAAUAGGCAUGCUCCACUCCUCCCUCACACUGGUUCCGCCCUCUCAGCACCAGAAGCUGUAGGAGUUGUGGGCGUGGUCCUGCCUGACACUAAGCCUCUUCUUUCCAUGGUGUCUGUUCUGGGGGCAACGGUUUCCAUGGGCAACGCUAUCAUCAUGGUGCCAAGCGAGAGAUUUCCUCUUCCAGCUCUGGAUUUCAUUCCGAUUCUCCAGGCAUCUGAUGUUCCUGCGGGUGUGGUCAGUGUCAUCAGUGGUGGGAGGGAUCAGCUGACUCAGGCUUUGGCCAAUCACAAUGAGAUCCAGGCCAUAUGGUACUGGGGCAGUGCUGAGGGCCGUCAGUUUCUGCAGCACUGCAGUCCUCUGAAGCGUUUGUGGCUGCUCUGUGAGGAAGAGGUGGAUGAAGAUGGAUGGAAAUUCUGGUCUAAGCCGAGUUUCUCAAUGCAGGAGGAGAUGUGGAGAGAGUGUGUGGUGUGGAAGAGUGUGUGGAUCCCCACCGCUUAAUCUCACACACGCACACACACACAGUCAGAGAGAAUUGAGAGGGGUGUGUGUGUGUUUACUGUUAAUGAAUCUUUAGCAUUCAGAAAUAAAUAUAAAUCAGGGUUUAUAAUAUAUUCUAGUGAAUAAUGGAGGAUUGUUAAAUCAGAAUGUUCUCAGAGAGUGGGGAAGGUUGAGUUCUGUCUCACACACAGACAUGAACCUGCUUCUGCUUUUUAAAGAUUUAAUGAAGAAGUGAAAGUUCUGCUUCCAGUAAAUUCCGGCCAUAAAGAUGAACUUCGGCACCUAAUUUGCACUCCUGACAUUCCAGAUUAAAAUGUGCAGCUGUAAUUUUAUUUACCUGCUCAGUUACACAUCUUAAAAAGUUAAAUCAGAAGUCAUAUUUCAGGCUGAGUUUAAUAUAAUCAGUGUAAAUUAAUGACUAAUUAUUUUCCUCUAAUUCUUACCAUUAGUAUUUUUAUUCUAAUUUCCACAUUACAGAAGAAACCAGACUCCAGAUCACUGCUGAAGAUUUUUUACAGAUCUUUGUCCCCAUCUGCUUUGUGCACAGGAUCAGUUCUGAGACACGUUUAUGUCACAGAUUUCAUCACUGAAGCCGUUUCACCAUGUUUAAUCAUCUGAGUCUGUAAGAGUGAUGAUAAACUGAGAACGCUGUAAAGGUCCACUUAAACCAUUUUACUCCAUCAUUAAAUUCAUUUCAUUAAACCUGCUGUGACAUUCUUUUCCCAGUUUACAUCAACAUGAAGAACAUUCUGAAUUACAGACACACACACACACACAACCACUAUAGCCAAAAAAUUAACAUUAUUUUGGUAGAAAAGCUUUUCUACAUAAACCCCUUGAGUCAGAUAUUUGUGGUUAUUGUUAGAAGCCUACAUAUGGUGUUAAAUUGAAAUAAAAUAUAUAUACUUUUAAUAAAACAACCCCAUGGUUGUUUUCUUGUUUUUUUUUUUUAUUUUAUUUUUUUUGUUUUUUUUACAUCUGUUAGAAUAGUAAACACACAGAACUGCUGAAUCACAGAACUGCUGAAUCACUGAACUGCUGAAUCACUGAACUGCUGAAUCACUGUGACUCAGCACCAUGUUACUUGAUCAGUUAAAGUUAUGAACAGGUAUUCAGUGACCUUUUUAACCCCAGAAAGGAAUUAAAUUAAGAAAAAAUCUACUCUAAAAACAUUAAAUCUACAUCACACUGCCCUUUACAUAAUCUUUAUGAUAAACACUGCCACUCUGUGAGGAUGUGUGUUCACAGCUCUGUCUAUUUUCUACCCAGAAACUGUAAACUUCACAUUCACAAAUCUAUAACUCUUAAAUUUAACUUCCACUUUUAGUUCAGAUGAACAGAGUAAAGCUCAUCCUCAUUCAGACAUUCUCCUCUGUGAUCUACAAGCUGCUUGGAAUCCAUGUUUAAAAAGUCCCGAGUGAAAACGAAUUGCAGAGUGAAGUAUUGUGAGAGAACUGCAGUUAAAUGAAAUGAUAAUGGUCAUGCUGGAGUUUUCUGCUGCUGUAAGCGACUGUUGGUUUGUAAAAUGCUUCUCCUUGUGAUUUACGUGACCAUGAAAGCCAUGGUGUUGCGUUAUACUCAGUCAGGAGGUAAACAGGAGACGCUGAGUCACAGUGACACUGCACUAUUUCAGCUUGGAUCAUAUUCCUACUGAACCUUCAUACAGAUGAAAUGAGAUGUUCAAAACCUCCAUCAUGUGUCGGAGCAGGACGCAUGACUUUAGCUUCAGACUGAAUUUAACAACAAACAAUUAUUUUAUUUGAUAAACAUCCUGAAUUCUGCACAUGAGCUGAUUUACACUUUAUUACACUCUGGCUCAUGGGAGAUUUAUUCUUUUGUCAUGCAAUUAUAUUGAGAACAAGAAUGUUUUCAUACAGUGGGUUACAAAAAAAAGAUUAAAGGUAGAUUAAAAAAUAAAAAUAAAUAAAUGUGUUGUGAAGUGUGUGUGUGUGUGUGUGUGUGUGUGUGUGUGUGUAUACAAGAAAUAAAUUGUAAUAUUUUAUGGGAAAUUGUGUACUGGACAUGGGAACGUUUAUCUUAUCAGUUUCUGGCCAAUGGUUUUUCAGUGACAGCAGAUAAUGGAGCACAAAGUUCACAGAGAAAUUAAUGAUUAAAGUGAUGUGUUUUUUAUGGAGAUUUUUAUGGACUGAAUGAGAAUCAUGUGAGACUCGAGUAAUACUGCAUUAAUACUAAACUUAAGAUAACUCUAAGACUUGGCCAUUUUUGAGGAAUGUUGUAGAAUCCUAAUAUUAAACUGCAGUAGGUACAAUUAUACAUUUAUAUUUAAUAUGAGUAUUAAACUGUUUCUCUAUCACACACACACACACACACACACGUUUCCAGUUAAAACAACUGUCCCUCUCUUUUUUCUUUCUGUGACAAAACUGUGACAAAGUGAGUAAAAUUACUAUCAUGUUUUUAAUAAACUUUAAGGUUUAUUUCGUGUAGAAGUUGUUGUUAUGCUUGACCUUUAGUAACCCCCUUCUGUCUUUUGUAACUCAUGUUUUUUGAUGGCUUCAUUUGGCCCCGCCCACUUCCGCAUGAAAUACUCUCAUUUGAUUGGCUGCCCCCACCCCCCCAGCUGCAGCAGGAAUAAAUACCACGCGCACGACCGUCAGCGCUUCAGACUCGGGAAUCUUUUCAGAAGUUCUUGCUUCAACAGUGAUUGAACGGAACUUCUUCCCAUUCAGAUAUUCCACUCUGCGCUUUUAUUUUGCUUGUAUAAAUUUCUAUUUUUGUACAUUUUGAUAAAAAACAAAAAACCGAUAAACCCAGCCGAAAUGGAGACUU